AUGGCCUUGCCCCAACAUCCUAUUUCACGUCCUAUUCACGCAUCUCAAGCCGUGUCUCACCCAAACUACCGCCUCAUGCAGCAACCCGGCCAGCCGGGCCAGCCGGGCAUUCCCAUGUUCACCGGUUAUGCCAGCGCCAUGAGUGUCGUCCGGCCCCAGCCCGGCAUCGGCAUGAACAUGGUUCAACAGCAGCAACAGGCGGCAAUGAUGCAACAGCAGCAGCGGCAGCAACAAAUGCUCUCCGCGACGCAGCAGCAACACCAUAAUCUUGCCCAGGUCCAGGCGCAGGCAGCGCAGGCAGCGCAGGCCGCCCAAGUCCACACUCAAGCACAUACUCUGCAGCAGCAAGCGCAACAGCAGCAAACUCUGCAACAACAACAAUUGGCUCAACAGCAAGCAGCAGCAGCGGCGGCGGCGCAAGCCCAAGCCCAAGCCCAACAGCAAGCAGCCCAGCAGGUUGCAUCCCAACAGCAGCAACAACAGCGACCAAUGGCUGGCCACCAAAUCUCUGCCUCUCCACAUCUUCAACAAGCCUUCUCCGUCAAUGGGCCAACGGCUGCCCUCCAUCCCCAACACCACGCGGGCUAUGCCCAGCAGGCAGGCGUUGGUAUGCCAGCCCAAAGGCCACCUGGCGCCCAGAUCCGUCCCCCGAGAGGUGGUCCGGUGCGCCCCGGGCAACCACAGGCCGUCGCUGUGCAACAGGCGACCACAUUCCAGCAUACUACCAUGCAACAGCCAGGUCAGCAACCUGGCCAGGCUCAGCACCCGCAGCACGCAGCGGGCCAGAUGACUCCUCAACCACAACAUGCCACUCCGGGAGGUAUAGGUCAGCCUGCACACGCGCAGCAGACGAGUGCCGAGCAGCACCAGUUGGCAGCACACAACGCGUACAACAUGUCUAGAGGCGCAUCCGUCCAGUCGCCGAUGGUUCAGCCAUUACCCACUCCCGAUUUCUUGCUCAAGCUCUACGUCUACGACUUCCUGACCACCCACGAGCUCACGAACACGGCGACUGCGAUGCGGAACGAAGGAGGCAUUGGCGACCAGCCGAUGCAGAUUGCUCACCCAAAGAUAGACUUAGCCGAAUUAUGGACCGUCUUCUGGGAGUAUGCAUGUGCAGGGAAGGGGCCCGGGGCGAUCAACAACCCAGCCGUCUUCGCUGACACCCUCCUGAAAAUGCGCAACAUGGCCUCGCAGAUCAACGCUGCAGGAGGGCCCAGUCCACAACCGGUCCAGCAGUUUCCGGGCGCUGCCGCUGCCGGAGCGGCACUAGCGCGGGGUCCAUCACAGCAGCAGGCUCAUGCUGCAUUCAUCGCCCAACAGCAGCAGGCAGCCCAGCAGGCAGCGCAACAGGCUCAACAGCAUCAGCAACACGCCCAUCAGCAACACGCCCAUCAGCAACAGGCCCAACAGCAACAGGCCCAACAGCAACAGCAGCAGGUAGCCCAGCAAAUGGGCCAGGCGCAGCAGCAGGCCGGCAUGUCACCAGCUCAGGUCGCGAUGCAAGCGCAACACCUGCAACAGCAGCAGCAACAGCAACAGCAACAGGCACAGCAACAGCAACAGCAACAGCAACAGCAACAACAGCAGCAACAGCAACAGCAACAGCAACAACAACAGCAACAGCAGCAGGCGAGCCAGCAGCACAUGCUGCAGCAGCAACAACAGCAGCAACAGGCAGCGCAUGCUCAGCAACAGGCAGCGCGAUUCCAGGCCGCUGGCUCUCCGGCUCAACACACUCGUCCGCCUCCUAGCCAGCAGCACGUCUACGCGACCCCCCAGCCCGCGCACAUGGUGAUGCAGCCGCCGUCCCAGGCUCCACCAAGCCAUCCCUCGCCUAUGCAGCCAUCGCCUCGUAUGGUCACCCAGCAGGCGGGAGUGAUGCCUUCACCAUUGCAAAAGCCAGCCCGGCCUCCGAACGGCGGACCUGUCCCGGGCGGGACGCCGACGCUGUUGCACACGGCGCUUUCCCAGCAGGGCCUGCCCUUGAGCCAGCCGCGAAGUGGUACGUUCAUGCAUCAGGCCACUCCACAGGCUGCUGUUGCUAGCCCUGUUGGUUCCAUCACGCCUCAGCAGCAACAACAUGCUUCGCCUCACCCUUCCUCCCUUCAAAUGGCCCAGAUGCGUCAGCAGAUGGAGCAGCAAAAGCAGACACAGGCGGUCAACCAGCAUAUGCAGCAUCAGCAGCACCACCACCCAGGUUCUCACCUGCAACAGCAGCAGAUGAUGCAACAGCGUGCGGGCAUGCUUCCGCAUCCCCAGGGCCAGCCGGGGAUGGGCAACACGCAACAGCAGAUCAUGCUCCAGCAGCAGUUCCAGCAACAGCAACAGCAUCAGCACCAGCAGAUCAAUGCCCUGGCUCAGCAAGCAGGCAUUCCAAACGUUAAUCCCGGUGUUAUGAGCAGUGUGCUUCACUCGAGUGGACUGGCGGGACGCGAUUUGAAGUCUGCCCUUCAACCACACGAACUGACAAUGAUCAAGGAAGAGUACGGAAAGAAGCUCCUUGACCAUCAUCGCAUGCAGCAAGCGCACGCGCAGGCGCACGCGAGUAGGUCCCCGGUCAUCGCUGGCAAGGUCAUGGUGGGAUCACACGCUGCGCAGCCGGUGCAGCAAGGACUCCAACGACAACCGGGUGGUGCGACCCGUCCUCACAGUGUUGCUUUUAACGGCUCUACGCCGAUGCAGCAGGCCGAAUCCAGCCAGGGUGCUGCUACUCGCGGCAAUACGCCACCGGAUCGCAAGCGCCAGCGUCGCGACUCUGGUAGCGCGGCUCCGAGCCCGUACAUCCAGCCACAGACGCUGCAGGGUGGGUUCCAGCCCAACAUGGCCAUGGGCCAGCCGAUGUCUGUCACUGGCGGCAGCCAGCAGGGCCGCGUGCCAAUGAACGGCGGGAUGGAUGGGCACAGUCCAGGCAUGCCUGGACAAUCGCCGCGCAUGAUGCCCAACGGAAUCCCCAGCCACUCGAUGCAACGCAACCAGAGCAAGCCGGGCGAUGGGUCGAUGCCUCCACCACAAAGCCCAGCAGGUACGAGCCUUGGUCGAAAGACGCCACAAGCUACGGGCAUGAGUGGCAUAACGCCAAAGAUGCAAAGCACCGAUGUGAACCGCGACCAGGGUACACCAAAGUCGCUCCGCAACUCGCCCAACAACAACACGGGCGCGCCUCAACCCGAGUCGCAAAACCAGCCUCCUUCUCAUGGCCUAACCCCUUCCCCUCCCAACGCAUCCACCACCGCAAACGCGAGCAAUACAGGUGACACGUCCAACCAACACGGCGUCAACUCGAACGGUCCCGUAGGGCCAAACGUUUUCGACUUGUCAGGCGUGAAUGCGUCUGGCAACAACGGCCAGUCGCUCAUAGUGGACGCCUUCCCGCAACAGGAGGCCGAUCUCUCAGAUUGGCUCAACAACUUGCAGGAAACGUUUGACAUUUCCCAGUUUAUCCAAGACGGGGACGAUGCCGACGUCAACGUCAACUUCUAA